AUGAACCUUUCCCAGCUCUAUGGUAGUAGCACAGCAGGCUAUACUGUAUGCAGAGCUGUGUAUAAAAUUGCCAGCACUCGCUUCCUGAUCUGCCGAGACCUCUUGAUCUUACAGCAGCUGUUAACAAGGCUAGGAGAUGCAGCUCUGGAAUGUUUCUGUCAGGCAGCAUCUGAAGUAGGCAAAGAAGAAUUCUUAGAUCGCUUGAUCCGAUCAGAGGAUGGGGAGAUUGUGUCUUCCCCCAAGUUGCAGUAUUAUGAUAAGGUUUUACGUCUACUAGACGUUGUUGGAUUGCCUGAGCUGGUUAUUCAGCUUGCUACAUCAGCAAUUACUGAAGCAGGUGAUGACUGGAAAAGUCAGGCUACUUUAAGAACAUGCAUUUUCAAACAUCAUUUGGACUUGGGUCAUAAUAGCCAAGCAUAUGAGGCCUUAACCCAAAUUCCUGACUCCAGCAGGCAGUUAGACUGUUUGCGACAGCUGGUGGUUGUUCUCUGCGAACGCUCCCAACUGCAGGAUCUUGUAGAGUUUCCCUAUGUGAAUCUGCAUGAUGAGGUUGUAGGAAUAAUCGAAUCACGUGCUAGAGCUGUGGACCUUAUGACUCACAAUUACUACGAACUUCUCUACGCUUUUCACAUUUACCGCCACAAUUACCGAAAAGCUGGUACAGUGAUGUUUGAAUAUGGUAUGCGUCUUGGCAGAGAGGUUCGAACUCUCAGGGGACUUGAGAAGCAAGGCAACUGUUACCUGGCCGCUAUUAAUUGUUUACGGCUUAUUCGUCCAGAAUAUGCAUGGAUCGUACAGCCAGCCUCUGGGGCAGUGUCUGAUCGCCCUGGAGCAUCUCCUAAGAGGAAUCAUGAUGGCGAGUGCACUGCUACUCCAACCAAUCGGCAAAUUGAAAUUCUGGAAUUGGAAGAUCUCGAGAAAGAAUGUUCUUUAGCUCGAAUUCGCCUCACAUUGGCUCGGCAUGAUCCAUCAGUGAUUGCCAUUGCAGGAAGUUCAUCAGCAAAGGAGAUGGGCACCCUCUUGGUUCAGGCUGGCCUCUUUGACACUGCCAUAUCACUCUGUCAGACUUUUAAGCUUCCAUUAACACCAGUCUUUGAAGGGCUUGCUUUCAAGUGCAUUAAGUUGCAGUUUGGAGGAGAAGCAGCACAAGGAGAAGCCUGGGCCUGGCUAGCAGCCAAUCAGCUAUCUUCUGUCAUCACCACCAAGGAGUCCAGUGCUACAGAUGAAGCAUGGAGGCUAUUGUCAACUUACUUGGAAAGAUACAAAGUCCAGAAUAAUUUGUAUCAUCAUUGUGUGAUUAACAAGUUGUUGUCUCAUGGAGUUCCUCUGCCUAAUUGGCUUAUAAACAGUUACAAGAAAGUUGAUGCUGCAGAGUUGCUUCGUCUUUACCUGAACUAUGACCUUUUAGAAGAAGCUGUGGAUUUGGUCUCUGAAUAUGUAGAUGCUGUAUUAGGAAAAGGACAUCAGUACUUUGGAAUUGAGUUUCCACUGUCAGCAACAGCCCCAAUGGUAUGGCUCCCAUACUCUUCUAUUGACCAGCUUCUCCAGGCUCUGGGAGAGAACAGUGCCAACAGUCACAACAUUAUACUGUCCCAGAAAAUUCUUGACAAACUAGAAGACUACCAGCAGAAAGUUGACAAGGCAACACGAGAUUUACUGUACCGUCGGGACUUGUGAUCUGGAUAGCUGCUCCACUUUGUAACCUUGGUGCCUCUUAGGGCUUAAGACUACUCUACAGAAACCCUGUCCUCAAGGCCAGUCCUUAUAACUGCAAAUGAUAUGUAUGGCGCCUGAGUCUGCAUUCUGCACAAACAUAGAGAACAAAGUCAGGACCGACCCUGUGCUUGCUUGUGGUGCUAACACGGUUUCUGGUUUUCAAACUUCGUCUCUAACAGCUGCUUUUGUAUAUGAUUCUCAACCUUUUUCAGAGUUUAUAUUUUUGUAAACUACCGAAGACAUCCUUUAUCUGCAAACAAAAACUCACUGUCACUUUCCAUAAUAGCUAAUGGUUGUUGAUUUGUUACAGCUGACCACCAGAUUGUCACUGCAUAUCUUUUAAUUUUCCUUAUCUUUUUUGUAUUUCAGUGGGAUUGUUUUGGUCCAGAACUAACAUCUAUUUUCUGUACUGCAAACAAAGGCUAGUGGUUUUACAUACUCCUUUCAUUAUUUAUUAUAGAGUUUUUCAUAUGACCUUCAGUAAAGUAUUAGGUAAUAUGCAUAGAUUAAGCAUAAAUUAUGAUCAGCUUUUUAAGAAAAUAUUUUUUGAAUCUGGCUCUAAGGCUAAAGUUGAGUAAACAUCAGAAAAAAAGUCCAUCAUCUAGAAAAGAAACAGAUUUUCAUUUUCAAAUUGUAUUGAUUUAUGUCAUUUAUAAUAAUCAAGCUGGACUUGAUCAUACAGUUAGUGUGAUAAUAUAUUGGACCAAAAUAGAAUUUUACUGGUCAGAAUCAGAAACAUUCGUGCAUACAAGCUUUGGAAAAGGUGAAAAAUAAUAAAAAUGUCCUUUAAUUUUAUUCUGUAUAUUAAGAUUUAUCUUUUAAGGAAACAGUCUCUAUACUAUUUGUUUGAAUGAAUGAAUGAAUGCUCUUUGACAUCUGUGUUUUUUUAUAAACUUUAGAACUUAUACUGUUAACAUCCUAUUUGUGUUACAUAGUUUAUAGCUCUUCAGUGCUUAAUAUGACAUGCUAUGGAUUUGCCCUUACCCUCUCAGCUUUCUAAACUUGUGGCUUUCCACUACUACUGUAUUCAUCCACAAUCAGUCGUAGUCUGAACAAUAGCAAACCCUGCUUCAGCCAUAUCUGAAGAGCAACAAGUAAGAGGAUACUGGUGCUGCCUCAGUAGUUCACACAGCACUGACCAGCUCCUUUCCUGUGCUAACUGCCAUGUCAAAGCCAGUCUGGUCUUCCCUUUCCUUCUGCCUUCUUUUUGAUUCCAGCCAGAGCAAAGGGACUUAUGCUCUCACUGCAGUUGGCUUGCUGCUCUGGCGUCCAUGCUUCUGUUUACUGUAUCCUGUGAGGUUUUAUUAGUCCACAGUAAUAUGGCCAUG